AUCGCGACGCUCGUCGACCGCGAUCGACCCCAGUCGUCGCGAACGCGAGUCACGCACGAACGAACGCAUUAUGUCGCUCAACGCGCGCGCGUCGAUGCGCUCGAGCGGCGCGCGCGAGCACACGCUCGGCGCCGGUCUCGUCCCGCUCGUCAACCGUUUACAAGACAUCUUCGCGAGCGCGGGCGUUCGCGGCUCGAAACUGGUCGAUUUGCCCUGCAUCGCCGUCGUCGGCUCGCAGUCGAGUGGGAAAUCGAGCGUGUUGGAGGCGCUGGUUGGACGAGAUUUCUUGCCGCGUGGACCGGAUAUUUGCACGCGACGACCGCUUUUGCUGCAGCUCGUGCACACGCCGGCGGUUCGCGGCGAACCAGAGGAAUGGGGCGAGUUUUUGCACCAGCCCGGGCGAACGUACACGGAUUUUGAGGAAAUUCGAGAGGAGAUUCAGGCUGAGACUGACAGAACGACGGGAAACAACAAAGGCGUGAGUAACAAGCAAAUCCGGCUGAAGAUUUGCUCGCCGAACGUGCUGACGAUGACGUUGGUCGAUCUUCCUGGAAUUACGCGCGUCGCCGUGGGCGACCAGCCGGAGGACAUUGAGACGCAGAUUCGCAACAUGAUUUUGAGCUACAUCAAGAAGGAAACGUGCUUGAUUUUGGCGGUGACGCCCGCGAACUCGGAUCUCGCGAACAGUGAUGCGUUGACGCUGUCGAAGCAAGUGGAUCCGGAGGGUAAGCGAACGCUCGGCGUCAUCACCAAGCUCGACAUCAUGGACCGAGGCACGAACGCCGUCAAGUAUUUGAAAGGCGAAGUCGUACCUUUGCGUUUGGGAUACGUCGGUGUCGUGAACCGAUGUCAGGCAGACAUCGCGGAGCGUCGCACGAUUCACCACGCUCGAAAGCUGGAGGCCGAGUUCUUCGCGUCAAAGCCCGAAUACAAGGAGGUCAUCAAAAACUGUGGCGUUCAUUCGUUGAGUAAAAACGUAAGCAGCUUGCUGGCCGACCACAUCGCCGCUUUGUUGCCGGAUUUACAAGUUCGCAUCAUGCGCGAAAGAUCGGAGGCUGAAAAGGAGUUAGAACUGCUUGGACCAGACGCGCCCGAAAGUGAAUCGGAACGCGCAGCUCUCGUGCUUGCGAAACUCGAAAAGUACGCCGCCGGCUUACAAGCCGCCGUCGAGGGGCGUAGCGCAAAGCUGAGCAUCGACGUGUUAGAGGGUGGUGCGCGCAUUCACUACGUUUUGCAAGAGAUUUUCGUAAAGGGUUUACUUGAACUCAACCCUACGGCAUCCAUGACGGAUGAGCACAUUCGUACCAAGAUUCAGAACACUGCCGGCACGAAGGCCGUACUCCUCGUCCCGGAGGAACCGUUUGAACAACUCGCGAGACAGUGCAUCGAGAAGAUGUUGGAACCAUGCAAGCAGUGUGCGUCAUUGGUUCACGACGAACUGUGCAGCAUGGCAUUGGCAAACUUGACGAAGGAUGUGACCAGCGUGUACCCGCGUCUCGGACAAGCGUUGGAGCAAUCGUGCAAGGAGUAUUUGAGACAAGGCUUGCGACCUGCGCUGGACAUGAUCGUAAAUCUCGUGGAGUGCCAGUUGGCGCACAUCAACACAUCUCACCCAGAUUUUAUCGGUGGACCAGAUGCGUUGAUUCUCGCGCAAAAGGCUUUGAAGAGACGCGCCGGCGAAGAAGAGGAAGACGAAGAGGCGCCAGACGUUCCCGGAAAGGACAAGAACAAGAAGAAGGGCGCCGACAAGGAAAACGUCGGCGCGAAACCUACGACGAUGGAAAAGACCGGACAGUGGAUUAGUGGCAUGUUGAGCCCAUCAAAGCGACAUUAUAGCAUCGAAAACGGUACGGUCAAGCUUCAAUCUCCGCCGAAAAAGCUCAACGCGCACCAAUGCGAGACUCCGGAAGAGUUUUUACAAGUUAUGGUGACGCGGACGUUGCUCGAGAGCUACUUUAGCAUCUCUCGUGGCAUCCUCGCGGACAUGGUGCCCAAGGCUGUGAUGCACUUCUUGGUGAACUCUAUCAGUCGAGGAUUGAGACAGCACUUGAUCGGCAAGUUGUAUCAGCCUGGUAUCAUGCGGAACCUACUCGCUGAGGAUCCUGAAAUAGCUGCGAUGCGCCAGCAGACGCGCAAGCGCGUCGAGGCGCUCAACGCGGCCGCGCUCACGAUGUCGGAGUUCAAGUCGCAUCUCACAGUGGCUUAG